CACUUCGACACAAACUUCAGAUAUGCAGUGUCUGAAAUUUCAUACGAUUAAUAUCCGAUUGAGACUGAAUUGUGCAACAAGACCAAAAGAAUGCUCCAACACUUUCUCAAUGAGUUUGACUUCAAUUAGUUCAUAUGAAAUUUUCCAAAUGAAGAAUUAUGAUCAAGAAGUGAAGUACUUGUGCUCAUCUACAACAUUUGUAGCAUGACUAGCUAGAAAGUUCCUAAAGCACCAAAUGUAUGAUAUGAGUAGGUCAUGAGCAUGCAAAAACACCCAUAACUACAAAGCAUAAAUAUACACUAUUGGUCUUACAACUUCAUUAUCCUAACUGAAAACUUGUUAAUGACAAUGAACACUCAUCUUAUUAUUAUUGUCAUGCUGCUCCCAAUAGCAACAUGUCAAUUGCCAAAAUGUUCAUUUGAAGGAAUAAGCUUGGAAAAGUGCAUGGAUCAAGGCAAAAGUAGUCCAACUUCUUUUGAUUCUUGUUGCAAGGCACUCAAUCAAGUGAUUCAAGCAGGAUAUUAUUGCUUGUGUGAAAUAUUUGGCUCUUCUAGUCCUCUUAUAACAACCUCACUUGUGUUGCCUUUAUCUAAUUGCUUCAUUUCAAUACCUCCAUUGACACAAUGCCAAGCACCAAAAGCAAAGAUCAGUCCAGUACAAGAAAUGAAGCCACCACCAAGUAGACCAAUUCCAAUUUUUUUGCCUCCAAAGUUACCAAAAGAGGCGCCAUCAUCACCACUACCGUCGGUACCAAAGGACUUGGUGUUACCACUGCCACCAAACAUGGAUGACAUUCCAGUUCUGAAUUCAACUAGACAUCAUAAUGUUACAAUUAAUUCACCUGUUCCAGAAUUUAAAAAUCUCAAGGGUGGAUAUUUAACAUCAUUUGGUGGAGAUGGCAAGACAAUUUUGUUGUAUGCUAGAGUUAUUCUUCUGCUCAUAGUGCCAACAUUUUAUGUAAUGCUUAUGACAUGAAUGAUUGCAUGUUUUCCAAAUAAUGGAACUCUUCAUUUUCAAUGCUCUUAAUUUAUUGUGCUUGAUAAAGUUAGAAGUUCAUUAAGAAGACUAGUCUAUAUACUACUUGUUUUUGGGUUUCCUAUCCGGUGUCAACUCGACUAAUUCAGAUUCAUACCGUGUAAGUUAGUAGUUCAUUAAGAAGACUAAUCUAUAACAAAGCACCUCACAUCAUGACUAGUCGUCAUGAAAAAACAUCAGCACUCACGUCGAAUAUGUUGGUGAAGUUGAUAUACUCAAAUAGUGACAGACAAAUUAUCAAUGCUCAACUUAACCAGAGAUGGGAAGUUCUUUCAUAACUCUGAAUUAUUCUAGUAGUGGUAGUUUCAUAGAAGGAUCUUUAUUUGGGUGUUGGAUUGAAUCCUUUUAACUCCUCUGGAAAUGUAAUUCACUCAUCAGGAGGGAGUUCAACGAUGUAAACUAACUACCCAAUGAAGAUCAUCCUUUGGAACUACCGCAACUGUAAUAACCAAGAGUCCAGGAGAAACUUUCAUUCACUAGUUGGAUGUAGCAAUCCAUCUAAAUAUGCCUAACUGAAACUGGAAUGAUAAAUCAUUCACAAUUAUAGAGAGGCUUGGAACUUAGUGCAUAUAGAACAGGAAAUAUAGAGGGGCUAACCUGAAC